AUGGGCGAAGCGAAGCAGAAGCGUAUUUUCAUUUUUUUUCUUCCUAAAGGGGACUUUGGGGGAUCCUGUGCAGUGCUGGAGAAGCACAUGGGGCUGCUGUCCUGAUGCACACCUGGAUUUGGGGCUCGGCGCAGAAGAAGCUGCCGGGGAAGAUGCCUUUUGGCAGCUGUCGGUGAGACAUCUGGGCCGAGACGGGGGAGAACCUCUUGGGGUGAAGCCAGCCCUACCCACCAAGAGGUAACCGUGUGCGGAAAGGGGGAGCUGGCACAAAACCCCGCCGUCAUUGACUCCACCACCAUGGCCCGGCUGUGGCUCCAUCUCUGCAUCUGCCUCCAGAUCCUAGGUUUCUGUACAAAUCUACUUCUAUCCCAAACUCCAGAGUAUGUUUUAGCCCAAACUAAUAAUAAUACAGAAAUCUUCUGUGAGCUGAAGAAGGAGAAUACUGGGGUCUACUGGUACCGCUGGAGCCAGGAAAGGCAAAAUUUCGAGUUCUUGAUGUUUUUCAACGUGUUGGGCAAACCCACGUAUGGUGCAAACAUCAGCCAGGACAAGUUUAGUGUCCACAGGGCAAGAUCCCACACCUCCUACAGCCUGCACAUCAGCCACCUCCAAGCCUCGGACAACGGCACCUAUUACUGCUCCGUCUCCCAGUCCUCCGAGCUCCUCCUGGGCAGCGGGACACGGCUUGGUGUGGUUGAUGUUUUGCCUCUGCCGCUGAAGACCACUCAGGCACCGCUCUCCAAAAAGCCCAUGUGGUGCAUAACCAAAAGAAAAGCUGCUGGCAAGAAAGGUGCCUGCAGCCCCUUGGUCUGGGUCCCCCUGGCCACCAGCAUCCCAAUCCUCCUGCUGAGCCUGAUCCCCACUGCCUACCGCCUUCACCGUCUGCGACAGUGGCUUCGCGUCCACAGGCAGUAA